AUGAAUGGUGCGGUGCGAGGCUCCGAUGCUCAGGCAGCCCUUCUACAAGCCUCUUUCUUACAGUCGACUUCCGAUGACAUUGAGGAAAUCAAACGUAUGCUAAAGGAGAUGCAGUCUAAACUCCAGGAGAUGGACGUUCCUGCUCACGGCACCUCGCCCCCAACUCAUGAUCUAUGUUGUGCUUCCGAGCGUAAAAGCCUGAGAACGCGACAACUUAAUUUGUCCGCUUUCGCCGUCAGCUCGAUUGUCUGCCUUCAAGGCAUCGUGGCAGCCUGUCUUACUGCUGUCCUGUGGAAGCGAGGUGCCAUGGACCAUCCUAGUCUUCCACACAAGCCUUACGAACUGGCUGUCACCUUCCUCAUCAUUGAGACACUGCUUGCUAUCCUGGCCUUUUGUGGAUGCUGGAGUGUACGGAAGAAGAGUCCUAUCAUGAUGACUUUGACGGCCGCUGCCAACUCCAUCCUCAUUCUCAUACAGUUUGGCACCCUUGGAUGGACCUUUUCCCGAACACCAAAGGCAAGUCACUCCUCGUUGUACGUGUAUGUCUGCAAUAGAAGUAACGGGCGGAAGAUAUGA